GCUGUCAGAGCUGCGCAUCUGUUUGAGAGGAGGAGAGGAAGGGAAGAAACGAGCAGGUCAAGAUGAGGACCGCGGCAGCAGCGACGCUCAAAUCCAGAGUAAGAUGGCAAAAGACAAAUGAGAGGAUGACACCGACCGAUGAGGCAUGAAAGAGAAGGCACGGGAGUCGCGCUGCAACGCUCCAACAUGGACGCGUAGCGACAGCAGCAGCACACGUUAGAGGAGAUCAUUUCAUUGUAGCCCUGCAGCAUCAUCCGUCCAACCUGAGCGGGGAGGAGGCAGAGAUGGGCUCCCAGGUUGUGCAGACCCUGCGCCAGGGAGUGUGGGCAUCCCUGACCGGGGGAUGGUACCACGACCCGGACCAGAACAAAUUCAACAACUGCUGUCAUCUAUAUCUGUGGAUAUUUCUGCUGAUGUUGCCUUUGUCGCUCCAUCUGGCCCUGCCUCCCACUGCCAUGGCUUUGAGCAUCUACUGCACUUCCAUCACUGUCUUCUUCAUCCUCAUCAAGCUGGCCAACUAUCGGCUGCACACGAUGUUUGAUGAGGGAGAGGUGGUGGUCCGCAGCCUGUCCGACCUCAGCAAGGCUCAGGAGAAGAAGAGUAAUGCCUCCGACUCCUGCUUGCCGGCCAACAUCAGAAAGAGCAGCACAGUGCCUGACAGUGUUGCUAUGACGACGCUGACUCGGAAGCGCCUCAGUCCAGUGAUCCAGGUGACGAUGAAACAGACUGAGACCGACCCAGGACUGAUAGGAGCGCACAACUCAAAGUCAGAUGAGGUGAAAACUGCAGAAGGACAGGGUGAGACUGCUGCAGAAGAGAAGUGUGCAGAAGGAGGCCUCCAGCCAAACACUGAACUUUCCCCAGAUGACACCUCCAGCCUCAAACCAGAGCAGGAUGCUCCACUGCUGCAGGCCCAGCAGAGGCCCCCGCCUCGAGAUGAAGGGGAAGACUCGUGUCCUGGAUCUGCUUGUGGGACAACAAAACUACACGCCCCAGAAACCGGAGCUGUCACAGAAGGAGCGGACGUUCAGAAUUCUUCAACAGGGAAAGUAGAUCAAUUGGAGGAAAGGAGGAAAUCGGAGAAAGACUCGGAGCAGGACGGAACAGAGGAAAAAGAAAAUAAAGAGUCAGCAGAUGGGGAGACAGCUGAUGAAGGUUUGCCACCUUCAAGGGGGAGUGAAGAUGAGAGUGAGAGCAGUAAAGGCUCAAAGGAGUCCUCAGGUGCCAACAACAACUCAGUGGACUCUCCGAAGGACGACCAGGAUGAGUAUAUUGACAUCCCAGAGUUUCCACUGGCUGAGCCAGUGGAGGAGCCAUACUGUUCUGAUGAGAUCGAGGUGGUUCUGGUGGACAACUCUAGCUCUGGAUCUGGUUCAGCCCAUUUGGACGACAGCGACACAGUCAAGAUCAUAAUAACAAUGAGCUGUGACCCUCAGACAGCUGCUCGGUUGGAGGGAAGUGUCAAACAGAGCCUUCUGGAGAAUGCACAGAAAGAUGCAGGGGAAUGUCACAUCAUGAUCCCCGUCAUCACCUUUGACUCCCCCGAGAAGGUUGGGGGGGAGGGUGCAACUGGCUCGGAGGACGACGACCCCAUGCCAAAACAGCAGCUGACCAUGAGCCAAAGUGAAGAGUUUCACUUAUGUAGGGAAACCACCAGUUCAGAGUCCACCAUACUGGAAUGCCCAGAACCAGACCGGGAGCAUUGUGGGCCACACAUGACCUCUGACAGCACACCGAGUCCACAGCUGAUGAAUGACAACAGCUCGUCAGGCAUCGAUGUCCAUUCCCACCCUGAUGACAUGGAUCCUCUGGAUCCUAAAGAGGAUUCACAAGGAUUUCUGCGUCUCCCACCAGCUAUUGGGCGCUACGGUCCGGACGGAAGGACCCACAUCCGAGGUCUGAGUAUGGACAGCGGGAAAGAUCUUCUGUCAGAGCGCUCACAUAGCACAACCACCAUGACCAGCUCCAAAUCUGAUCUGGAGGCAAAAGAGGGACAGAUUCCCAAUGAAUCCAACUUCUUGGAGUUUAUAGCCCUGUUAGGAUCCAUCAGUAUGAGAGGGGGAGGUGCCAGCAUGCAGGAAGAGGAGGUGAAAGAAAACAAAGAGAAAUCCGACGCCAAAGAGGAAGAGAGCCAGAGUACAAGUCCCGGGCCAGAUGCAACAAUAACAGAAACCAACUGUGAGAACAAGUCAGAGCGACCCAAACCACCCAUCAGUCUGCCAACGAACACACCGCCGGCUUUACCGCCCACACACAUCCCCAUAGUCUCUCCUGAAAGUCCACAAACAGACAGAGAGAAAGACCCAGACUACGACUCCCUGCCUUCACAAACAUCUCAGUCUGAGAGCUCCAUGCUGCAGGUUAUCUGCAGACCUGAGGCUACCAACAAAGAAGAAGCCUACACAUUCCACACCGUUCACAGAGACAGACCUCGAAAGCUGUACGCAGAGAGAGCCCUCAACCUGCCGCUAGGAGCGGAGCUCAUCACAGGAAACAUGUGUGACCUGCUGUCAACCUCUUCAAACUCAGAGGGACAUGAUGGCAUUGCAGGCGGUCACAUUGACUGUCCUUUCCAGAGACGCAUCAUUCCUGCACACAGGCUGCGACCACGAAGGACACACCCAGAAAUAUUUCAGGAAGAAGACUCCUUGGACGAGUCAUCUGAGACGUCCACGCAGGAGAAGCCAACCAAGAAAAUUUAUUACAAACUCCAGUUUUUUCCUGGAAAGUGGAUCAACAUUUUAUAUGAUAGACUAACCCUGCUUGCGCUUUUGGACAGAAACCAGGACGUUCUGGAGAAUCUGGUUGCAGUCUUCAUGGCCUUCCUAGUUUCCUUUUUGGGAUUUGUUCUUCUCAACCAUGGCUGCUUCAAAGACUUCUGGGUUUUCCAGUUCUGCCUGGUCAUCGCCAGCUGCCAAUAUUCCCUACUGAAGAGCGUUCAACCAGAUGCGGCAUCACCGACACAUGGCCACAACCAGCUGGUAGCUUACAGUCGAGCAGCUUUCUUUUGUAUUUUCUGUGCUCUGAUUUGGCUGCUGGAGCAGCUUCUGAGGAGGAAGGACCUGCCCGUUUCUACUUUUUAUGGUGUUACCAUCAUCUGUUAUGAUGUCCUGCACUUCAUACGUGAUCUGCUAGUGGGUUUUACCUACUGUUUCCCAAUCACCUUCCUGGUGGGCCUUUUCCCUCAGAUCAAUACCUUUACCAUCUACCUGCUGGAGCAGAUCGACAUACACUUCUUGGGAGGAACAGCUGCCACGAGUCUCAUCUCGGCAGUUUACAGCAUUCUCCGCAGUCUGAUCGCUCUGUCUCUGCUGUAUGGUUUCUGCUUUGGAGCUCUCAAGGAGCCAUGGGAUGAGCAGCACACUCCUGCACUGUUCUCAAGCUUCUGUGGCCUUUUGGUUGUUUUCUCGUAUCACCUCAGCCGACAGAGCAGUGACCCAUCUGUGCUGAUGUCUCUAAUCAAGUCAAAGAUCAUGCCUGCACUUGUAGAGAGUGAGGAAGAGGAGGAGGAAGUGGAGGAUGCAGACAUUAAAGACCCGCUGCCUGAGAAACUGCAGAGCUCUAUGAUGGAGAUUCUGCUGUCGGAUGUUGUCGUGUGCUCCGUUGCCUACAUCCUAACCUUUGCCAUCACAGCCAGCACUGUGUUCCUCUCUUUGAAGCCUUUUGUGACCAUUGUGCUGUAUGCUCUGGCGGCAACUGUCGGGUUUGUGACCCACUACUUGAUUCCCCAGCUCCGGAAGCAUCACCCAUGGCUGUGGAUCUCCCAUCCGGUUCUCAAAACCAAGGAGUACUACCAGUUUGAACCCAGAGAGGAUGCUGUGCUCAUGUGGUUUGAGCGUCUAUAUGUGGGGCUCCUUUGCUUUGAGAAGUAUGUGGUGUACCCCGCCAUUGUGCUGAGCGCCCUUACUAAUGAUGGCUUUGCCCUCAGUCACCGCAAGAAGCUGGGAAUCUACUGUGACGUCCUCCUGACGACAGUCGCUGGACUGAAACUCCUGCGUUCGUCCUUCUGCGAUCCCAGCUUCCAGUUCCUCACGCUUCUCUUUACACUUGUUUUUUUCCACUUUGACUGUCCGCAUGCAUCCGAGAGCUUCCUGCUGGACUUCUUCAUCAUGUCGAUCAUCUUCCACAAGAUGCGUGAGUUGCUGCUGAAGCUCCAUUUCAUCCUGAUUUACAUCGCUCCCUGGCAGAUUGCUUGGGGCAGCGCUUUCCAUGCCUUCGCUCAGCCAUUCGCCGUGCCUCACUCAGCCAUGUUGCUGCUCCAGACUCUCCUCACCACUGUCUUCUACACCCCGCUGGCCCCUUUCCUUGGCAGCGCCAUCUUUAUUUCCUCGUAUCCACGGCCUAUCAAGUUCUGGGAACGAAACUAUAACACAAAACGUAUUGACAACUCAAACAGCAGACUGGUGUCCCAGGUGGACAAGGAGACAGGUUGUGAUGAUAACAACCUGAACUCCAUCUUUUACGAGUACCUGACCCGCUCACUGCAGCAGUCACUGUGUGGUGACCUCAUGUUGGGUCGAUGGGGCAACUACAGUGCCGGCGACUGUUUCAUCCUGGCGUCCGACUACCUCAACGCCCUUGUCCACCUCAUUGAGAUCGGCAACGGCCUUGUCACUUUCCAGCUGAGGGGUUUGGAGUUUAGAGGUACUUACUGUCAGCAGCGAGAGGUGGAGGCCAUUACAGAAGGUGUGGAGGAGGACGACGGGUGCUGCUGCUGUGAACCAGGUCACUUACCUCACAUGCUGUCGUGCAACGCCGCCUUUAAUCUGCGCUGGCUGGCCUGGGAGGUGAUGGCCACCAAGUACCUGCUGGAGGGCUACAGCAUCAGCGAGAACAACGCUGCCACCAUGUUGCAAGUGUACGACCUUCGAAAGCUUCUCAUCACCUACUACCUGAAGAGUAUUAUCUACUACCUGGUCCACUCUCCUAAACUCUGCACCUGGCUCAAAGACGCCUCCAUCCAGGAGGCGCUGCAGGCCUACACCAAGUGGCACCACAUUGAGCGCGACCCUCAGGUGUUCAGCGUGAAGAUCGAUGAAGAUUAUGUGCACUGCCUGCAAGGUGUGACGCGUGCCAGCUUCUGCAAUGUUUACCUGGAGUGGAUCCAGCAUUGUGCUGGGAAGAUGGAGACGCCUGUGGACAGCGAUGAAGACUCUCCUCUGGUGACUCUGUCCUACGCUCUCUCUGUCCUUGGGAGGAGAUCUCUGGGCACAGCGUCUCACAACAUGUCCAACAGCCUGGAAUCCUUCCUGUAUGGCUUCAACACCCUGUUCAAAGGGGACUUCCGUAUCGCCACCAAAGAUGAGUGGGUUUUUGCUGAUCUGGACCUCCUGCAGAAGGUUGUGGCCCCUGCUGUCAGAAUGAGCCUCAAGCUGCAUCAGGAUCACUUUACAUGUCUAGAGGAGACGGAAGAGGCAUCCAUCCUGUACGAAGCCAUCACAAACUACCGCAGCAGCCUGGUGAUUUGUCACGAGAGUGACCCCGCCUGGCGUAAGGCCGUGUUGUCCAGCCGAGAUACGCUGCUUACCCUGAGGCACAUGAUUGAUGACGGCACGGAUGAAUACAAGAUCAUCAUGCUGUACAAACGCCACCUCAGUUUCAAGGUCAUCAAGAUCAAUAAGGAGUGUGUUAGAGGUCUGUGGGCGGGUCAGCAGCAGGAGUUGGUGUUUUUACGGAACCGAAACCCAGAACGGGGCAGCAUCCAGAACUCCAAGCAGGCCCUGAGGAACAUGGUGAACUCGUCCUGCGACCAGCCGCUGGGAUACCCCAUGUACGUGUCGCCGCUGACAACAUCCUAUGCAGGAACCCAUCGCACGCUCCGCAGCAUCGGAGGAGGGGCUUUGAGCCUGGAUGCCAUUCGCUCUUGGCUCUGCUCUAAAUGGCUACGAGUGCGCAAGGACAACCUGACCAGCUGUAAUAACAGCGGCACCAACAUGGAGGACGUGGACUGUGGCGCUGCCGGUUCGUCCUCGCUGAGCCACAAUCGCCCAUCCUCUGUCACGUCCAACAGCCUGAGUCUUUACCAGCACAGGGCCAGGACGACACACAGCCACAGACACCGCAACACAGGAAGGAGAGAGUACCGCAGCCGCUCGGUUCAGCCUCAGAGUCAGCGUCCUCCCGUCAGCAGCCAAUCAGGUCCAAUCCUGGACUCAGGCUCUGCCCAUGGUCUUGUCCAGCGAUUGUCCAACAGUCAAUUGUCCUUUAACACCUCCAUAGCCUCUAUAUUCUCUCAGGUCCCUCGUCUGUCAGGAGCAGGAGGGAUCAGCUCUCAGCUCCAGGCAGCGCAGCACCAGCAGCGCUCCAGUCAGGUUUCCUCAUCUUCUUCCACUCUCAGCCUCCUGUUUGGGAAGCGCAGCUUCUCCAGCGGCCUGGUGAUCUCUGGGCUGUCGGCUGCUGAAGGGGGCAACACCACAGACACGCAAUCCUCAUCCAGUGUCAACAUCGCCUUGGGGCCUUCACACAGGUCUGGCAGCAGAGCCAUGCAGUGGACAUCAGAGCCUUACGAGAGCAUCGACGCAACCAACUCCAACGCCGCCACCACGGUGAGAGACGGCCCACAGUCGAGCGAUCAAGGCUUCAGCCAGGGGUUAGACAAGACCCAGGAGGAAGAGUCUGCCUCCACAGCUCGAGAGCUGGCGGAUCAUAAAACCGUCUGAGAAAGACGAGAGAAGCCAUGAUCAGAGAGGACUGUAGAGGAAAUAACUCACAAAUAUACAGAAGAUUGUAUGAGCACCCAUGCACACAAACCUGCCUUCUCCCUCAUUCUCAGCAUGUGGUCUCAUCCUGUUGUCCGAAUGCAAAAAAAAAAAAAAAAAACUAUCCUUGAUCCAGUCGAUCAAAUAAAAACGUUUUUUUGAUUGAAGCUGUCCUUUCUACAUCUGUUCCUUCUUUUAUUUUCAUCUGUGUUUCAGGUGGAGCAUUGGUUUUUGUUCUAGAGCAAGAUGACAUCACAUCAGGAGUAGCUGUCUGGUUUUAGCUAACGUGUAAAAAUGAAUGAACACGUUAAAAACUCGAAUGUUUAAGUAGCUUUUCAGUUUUAUGACCAAGUUAUGUUUCCAGAAAAAACUUGUUUUCUUGAACUCAGCAUUUGAUUCUUUAUUGCCUUCUCACAAUUGAAGGAACGUAAUAAAAAAUAUUAAAAUA